AUGCCUUCACUUGAUGUCGAGAAAGGGCCCGCUCGAGCCAGCAAUAUUGCAGUAAAAUCAUCUCCGCAGUUUAAGCAGCCAAAUACAGACGAAAUUUCUGCAUCUCAACGAUUGAUCCAGGAAAAGCAACCUCUAAAUUCGCUUUCCGGUACUGGCUAUAAUUUGGUCAAAACAACCAUAGGGUGUGGUAUGAUUUUCCUACCCAAGGCGAUGAACCAUUGUGGCCUUAUACUUGGACUUGUGCUGAUUGUCUUUUGUGCAGCGGUUACAUUUGUUCCGCAGCUUCUUUUGUCACAAAUGAGUACACUUGGCGUUUCUGAUUACAUCUCGCUCUCCAGCAGGUGUUAUGGAAAGUCUGUGGAAACGUCGAUCGUCAUUUUGCAGCUGUUGCUUUUAUUCACCCCAAUGAUUGCGUACAUCAAGCUUAACGGAAUUUUCGCGUACAACUUUAUCAUGUCCUUGGGGGUAAGUUCACACUCUAUUUUCGUCAAUCCCACAAUCAUUACGGUGAUCCUUUCGUUUUUUGUGAUUCUGCCGCUUUGUCUUUUGAAAAAUUUGUCCAAACUCUCGUUUGUCUCUGUGAUGGGGCUGAUUUGCGUUACUUACCUUUCCCUCCUGACGAUUUUUGACUAUUUUUACGAUUCUUGGAUUAACGGGGGUCUUGUUGGAAUCUACCCCGGCCUCGGAUUGGUCUCGUCAAAUAUUUCGUACUUCAAGUUUAGCCUUGCUUUGAUGUCUGCCUUUAAUACGUUCAUGCUGGCGUACAUCAAUCACCCCUCAAUUCUUCCUCUGAUCUCAGAGAUGGAAAGCCCUACAGCAUCUCGUCGCUCAAAAUUACUAUUUCGCAGUCAAUUUGUCAUUGUUACCUUCUACAUUUUGACGACUACGUUUGGAUAUCUUCACUUUGGCUCUGCAUGUGAAGACUCUAUUUCUUACAUCUUGCUCAAGCAAAAUCCUUUCUAUCUGCUAGCUCAAAUCCUUGUCGUGCUGGUAAAUAUUGUUACUUUUCCUCUUAUCCACUGGCCUGCAAGGUUGUCUUUAGAUUGGUUAAUCAGAGAGGUCAUUAAAAGUAUCGACAACCGGAGACUUGCUUUCAAAAAGAUUUCUGCAGCUCCGCCAUCGUCAUUAGGGUCCACCAAUUUUCCACGAGGGAAAAUUGAUCUUUUAGAAGAAAAAUUUGACAAUGCAAAGAACCAAAGGCAUACCAUUGAAGCUGGUAUUCUUGUAUUUAUUUCUUGCAUGUGUGCAAUUUUAUUUCCUUCCGUGCUGGCUGUUUUUGACUUUUUCGUCCCAAUAUCGGGAUCAUCAAUUUUGUUUACCAUUCCUGCUCUGUGCUCCUUAAAAUGCAUGGAAAAAGGCCUUAUCGACGAGAAGCCGAUGAGAAAAGUUCUCGCCUAUGUGUGCCUUGCUACUGGAAUAUUACACCUGAUCAUUGGAUCUGUUUCUGCCGUAUGCACUUACAUCAUUAAAAUUUAG